CAGCAGCAGAAGAAGAAGCAGCUGUUGAUCAAUGGAUCCUGUGAUGAUGAUGAUGAAGGAGACUAUCUGGAUAUAAAACUAGUCUAGGAGCAGAUAAACCGUCACCAGCGAGGUGGGCGGAGCCUCCCAGCGGUCCGAUGGAGGACACGGAGCCGGACGUUUCCCCCGCCCCCUCUGACCCCAACAGCCCCUCCCCCUCCGCCUGCUCCUCCCCCUCGCUGUCCCUCCCCUCCACGCCCUCCUCGUCCUGCGGCCCCCCCCGCCCGCCACCCCCCCCCCUGUGUGUGAUCAGCGAGGGCGUGGGCGAGCUCAGCCUGGUCAUCGACACGGAGAUGGCCCACCUGGCCUGCCAGGAGGUCCUGCAGAAGGUCAGGCUGCACCAGGGGGACGGGGACGUCCCCGAGCUGCCGAACGGGGCGGGGCCUGACCGGGCCCCGCGACCGCCACCCCCGGCCCCGGGCGCCGCGGUGAAGCCGCUGCAGAUCCGUGUGGAGGCGGACGACCCCGAGGCGGCGCCCGGCUCGGUGAAGAGCGCCCGGCGGCGGCAGAGACACAACCCCAACAAACAGUCGUGGCUGCUCCGCCUGUUCGAGUCCAAGCUGUUCGACGUCUCCAUGGCGAUCUCCUACCUGCACAACUCCAAGGAGCCCGGCGUGCAGGCCUACAUCGGGAACCGCCUCUUCAGCUUCCCGCACGACGACGUGGACUUCUACCUGCCGCAGCUCCUCAACAUGUACAUCCACAUGGACGAGGACGUCGGCGACGCCAUCAAGCCUUACGUGGUGCACCGCUGCAGGCAGAGCAUCUCGUUCAGCCUGACGUGUGCGUGGCUGCUGGGCGCGUACUCCUCCGACAUGCACAUCUCGACUCAGCGCCACUCCAGAGGCACCAAGCUGAGGAAGCUCAUCCUGUCUGACGAGCUGAAGCCGGCCGGGCCGCGAGCUCGCAGGGACCCUCUGACGCUGACGCCGUUCUGCCCCGUGGCGUCCCCCGCCGCCGGCCCCGGGCCCCUGGGGGCCGAGCACAGCCUGUCGCCCUCCAAACGAACCCACCAGCGCUCCAAGUCAGACGCCACCGUCAGCAUCAGUCUGAGCAGCAACCUGAAGAGGACGGCCAGCAACCCCAAGGUGGAGAGCAGCCAGGACGAGCCGGUGCGUCUGGCCCCCCAGAGGGAGUUCAUCAAGUCCCUGAUGGGGAUCGGGAAGCGUCUGGCCACGCUGCCGACCAAAGAGCAGAAGACGUCUCGUCUGAUCUCGGAGCUGUCGCUGCUCAACCACAAGCUGCCGGCCAGAGUCUGGCUGCCCACCGCCGCCUUCGACCACCACGUGGUCCGAGUGCCGCACACACAGGCCGUGGUGCUCAACUCCAAGGACAAGGCUCCGUACCUGAUCUACGUCGAGGUUCUGGAGUGCGAGAACUUCGAGACGUCCAGUGUUCCGAUCCGGAUCCCGGAGAACCGGAUCAGGAGCACACGUUCCGUGGAGAACCUUCCGGACUGCGGCAUGACGGCGGACCAGAGAGCCGGAAGCUUCUCCACCGUCCCAAACUACGACAACGACGACGAGGCGUGGUCCGUGGACGACAUCGGAGAGCUUCAGGUGGAGCUCCCAGAGCUCCACACCAACAGCUGUGAUAACAUCAGUCAGUUCUCAGUGGACAGCAUCACGAGUCUGGAGAGCAAAGAGCCGGUGUUCAUCGCUGCCGGAGACAUCAGGCGGCGUCUGUCGGAGCAGCUGGCUCAGGCCCCCACCACCUUCAAACGGGACCCCGAGGACCCGUCAGCUGUGGCCCUGAAGGAGCCGUGGGAGGAGAAGGUCCGGAGGAUCCGGGAAGGAUCUCCGUACGGUCACCUUCCUAACUGGCGGCUGCUCUCUGUUAUCGUCAAAUGUGGAGACGACCUGCGACAGGAGCUGCUGGCCUUCCAGGUGCUGCAGCAGCUCAAGUCCACCUGGGAGCAGGAGCGCGUGCCCCUCUGGAUCCAGCCCUACAAGAUCCUGGUGCUGUCGUCGGACAGCGGGAUGAUCGAGCCGGUGAUGAACGCCGUGUCGCUCCACCAGGUGAAGAAGCAGAGCCAGCUGUCUCUGCUGGACUACUUCCUGCAGGAGCACGGCGCCCCCACCACCGAGGCCUUCCUGUCCGCUCAGAGGAACUUCGUCCAGAGCUGCGCCGGCUACAGCCUCAUCUGCUACCUGCUGCAGGUCAAGGACAGGCACAACGGGAACAUCCUGCUGGACGCCGAGGGCCACAUCAUCCACAUUGACUUCGGCUUCAUCCUGUCCAGCUCACCAAAGAACCUCGGCUUCGAAACGUCCGCCUUCAAACUCACCACCGAGUUUGUGGACGUGAUGGGUGGUCCAGACGGCGACAUGUUUAAUUACUACAAGAUGUUGAUGCUUCAGGGUCUCAUAGCAGCCAGGAAACACAUGGACAGAGUGGUGCAGAUAGUGGAGAUCAUGCAGCAAGGCACCCAGCUGCCGUGUUUCCAUGGUUCCAGCACGCUGCGCGGCCUGAAGGAACGGUUCCACAUGAGCCUGACGGAGGAACAGCUGCAGCUGCUGGUGGACCAGCUGGUGGACGGAUCCAUGAGGUCCCUGACCACCAAGCUGUACGACGGCUUCCAGUACCUCACCAACGGCAUCAUGUGACCUGGGGGGGUGUGUGUGAGUGUGAUUGUGUGUGUGUGUGAGUGAGCAGCAGAACAAAUCCAGAGACCCUCCAGACUGGAGAUCCUGGUCUGGAAACCCUCCAGACUGAUGAUCCUGGUCUGGAAACCCUCCAGACUGAUGAUCCUGGUCCGGAGACCCUCCAGACUGGUUCUCCUGGUCCAGAGACCCUCCAGACUGGUUCUCCUGGUCCAGAGACCCUCCAGACUGGUGAUCCUGGUCCAGAGACCCUCCAGACUGGUGAUCCUGGUCCAGAGACCCUCCAGACUGGUUCUCCUGGUCUAGAGACCCUCCAGACUGGUUCUCCUGUCUAGAGACCCUCCAGACUGAUGAUCCUGGUCCAGAAACCCUCCAGGCUGGUUCUUCAGGUCCAGAGACCCUCCAGACUGGUGAUCCUGGUCCAGAGACCCCCCAGACUGGUUCUCCUGGUCCAGAGACCCUCCAGACUGGUGAUCCUGGUCCAGAGACCCCCCAGACUGGUUCUCCUGAUCCAGAGACCCUCCAGACUGGUUCUCCUGGUGCAGAGACCCUGAGCCUCCUCUGCUCCUCCUCCAGUCUCUGGUUCUCCGUUUGUCAGUUGAAUCUUCUUGUUGUUUCUUUCACAUAAUUCUGUUUCCUGUUUGUCUUAUUUGUUUUCUUCUCCUUCUUCUCUUAUUUCCAUAUUUGGGCGGAUGGCCCUGAUUGGCUGCUCAGCCGGACUCUUAGCCAAUCAGAGAGCAGCCCAGUCAGUUUUUAGUGUGGACAGUUUUUACAGGUACCAGACUCUCCAGGACCACAGCUGUUUUUACCCUUUCUGUCCCAGUUUGUCUCAUUAAACAGACAGUUUAACCUUCUGACCACCAAA